AUGAUAAUUGAUACGACAGAAGUACAAACUAUCAAUUCUUUUUCUACAUCGGAAUCCUUAAAAGAGGUCCAUGGACUCAUAUGGACUUUUGUACCCAUUUUAAUCCUUAUAUUGGGAAUUACAAUAGGGGUACUAGUAAUUGUGUGGUUGGAAAGAGAAAUAUCUGCAGCGCUACAACAACGUAUUGGGCCUCAAUAUGCUGGCCCCUUGGGAAUUCUUCAAGCUUUGGCAGAUGGAACUAAACUACUUUUAAAAGAAGAUCUUCUCCCGUCUAGAGGAGAUCUUCGUUUGUUUAGUAUUGGACCGUCUAUAGUAGUCAUAUCGAUUCUAGUAAGUUAUUUAGUAAUCCCUUUUGGGUAUCGCCUUGUUUUAGCCGAUCUCAGUAUAGGUGUUUUUUUAUGGAUCGCCAUUUCAAGUAUUGCUCCUAUUGGGCUUCUUAUGUCGGGGUAUGGAUCGAAUAAUAAAUAUUCUUUUUCAGGUGGUCUGCGAGCUGCUGCUCAAUCCAUUAGUUAUGAAAUACCAUUAACUCUAUGUGUAUUAUCAAUAUCUCUACUAUCUAAUAGUUCAAGUACAGUUGAUAUAGUUGAAACACAGUCCAAAUAUGGUUUUGGGGGGUGGAAUCUGUGGCGUCAGCCCAUAGGAUUUAUGGUUUUCAUAAUUUCUUCUCUAGCUGAAUGUGAGAGAUUGCCCUUUGAUUUACCAGAAGCGGAAGAAGAAUUAGUAGCAGGUUAUCAAACGGAAUAUUCAGGUAUCAGAUUUGGUUUAUUUUAUCUUGCUUCGUACCUAAAUCUAUUAGUUUCUUCAUUAUUUGUAACGAUUCUUUACUUAGGUGGGUGGAAGUUAUCUAUUCCAUAUAUAUCUGUUCCUGAACUUUUCGGAAUAAAAAAAAUAGCUGGAGUCUUUGGAAUGACAAUUGGUAUCCUUGUUACAUUAGCUAAAGCUUAUUUGUUUAUAUUCAUUUCUAUCACAACAAGAUGGACUUUACCCAGGAUGAGAAUGGACCAGCUAUUAAAUCUUGGAUGGAAAUUUCUUUUACCUAUUUCUUUGGGUAAUCUAUUAUUGACAACUUCUUCUCAACUUAUUUCACUAUAA